AGGAUGUUCAACGGAAAUAGGGUAGAGGUAAUGCUCUAAUUUUCGAGAUCUCUUGUCCACUUAGGCACUUAUCAAGUGCGCCACAUAUGAAUGAGUUCCAUGCCUCCCUGGCAAGUCACCACCAUGAGUGCCGACGUUGCACCUAUGUUCAUGUCAAGCGCCGGUUUACGGAUGAGUCCCGUCAGUUUAUAUCGGACCGCCCUUCUCCAUCCGCUCUUGUGCAGAACCGCAAGGCUCACUGUUCCGUUGAUUCUCUCCGGGAAGUCCACGGUUGCUCGAAGAUGCGUAAGUGCUGCUCUGAACGCGGAGGAUGCUUCCAUGACGGAGAAACAUGAUACUCCGGUGAGAAUAGUAGCUUUUGUCGGCGAAGGCAGCGUCAGUCCCCUCAACUCCACUCCUUGGCAUGACGUCAUGCUCCACACCGCACAGAGGUUGAAGUGGGUUGAUGAACAGUAUGAAAUGCACGUUUUUAGUGAUAACUUUCAUCAGUCUGACAAUGAAAAUGCCAAACGUGUUACAGAGGAAGUAUGUCGAUCAAAUUUUAUGGUCGUCGUUGCUGUUACAAAUGAAGAAUCAGUCAAAUGGAUUCAAGAACAUGGCUAUAUUGUCCCAAAUAUCAUAUGUUUCGAGUCGUCUGCAGCAUUAGCAACCAAGCUGGGAGGGCUAGUUAUUGAAACUGUAACCAAGGGGAAUAUAUUUGGAGGUUUAUCUUCAAUUUCUCAAUGGAAGAAACUAGACAGAUCCAGGGAAGUGGCCAAAACUGUGUCUUUAGCUUGGGAUAGGCAUAAUUCUGAUGAUAUACGGUUUUGUUUGUUGGUUAUAAUCAAUGCUUAUAUAACUCCAGUUCCAACAUUGAAGAACCUAAGAGCAACAGGCUUCUCUACCUUAAACUGCAUGUUGAAAAACUGUGGGGCCCAGAUAUUGAACUGCCUUUUGGAUCCUAACUGUAGACAAGCCAUUUGGUGCUUAAACCAGUGCAGCGCAGUGGACCAGGUAUGCAAUUACACAUGUAUAGCUUCGUAUGAGAGCCCAUACCUGGAAGAGUUCUCUCUUUGUGUACUUCAAAAGAACAACUGUUUAGGAUUGGACGUGAAAAUCCCAGAAAAACCUCAUGUAGCUCCGAUGUCAGAGUUUCGUAGGCAGAAAUUGUGUCAUGAGACAGCAGAGGAUCUUUUCGUGGGUUGGUUGGGGAAAUUCGAUUGGAGUUGGCGUGUUGUGGCUGGGCAAAACCCAGCCUACGAUCAAUUCCCAUGCCAAUACCAAUUAUUCUAUAGAGGAAAAGCAAAGGGAUCGUUUUGGUACGAACCAGUCUUUCAGGUUAGGACACUUGAUGGGGGGGCUCUGGUGUGGAGAAGGCGAAAGUACAGAGUGAAAAGAGGGAAAAUACCAGGGACAUUUCACUUCAGUGUCUUGGAUAAUGGAGUGGUUUCAAAUGAGAUAUGGACGAUUGUGGAUGUUUGUGAGGAUCUAAGCUGGGGAUUGUUUCACUACCAUGGGGCCGCUCGAGUGGCAGGGCAAACAUACUCUGGGGCAGUGCUGGUUAGCCCAGACGGUGUGUAUCCUGAUGAGAAACACCGCCAGAGACUUAUAUCUGCAUUGGAUAGGUGUUGUAUCAAAGAGUGGGAGCUCUUCAUGGUUGAUAAUAAUUGUUCAUGUCAAGAUCCACCUCUCUGUCUUCCUGAGGGGUGUAGUCUACAUUAUAAUGUUGAUGUAGUUCAUAGCAGGAAAGAAAUGUCUCUUUAGUUGGUCCCCGGGCAUGGAUAGAUCUUAGGUGCCAACAACCUUGCUGUCCAUAAUAUUACAAUCGGGAAAAUGCCAUUGUCAAGGGUUUCAUCAUGGAAAAUAAUAAUAACGAAACGAUGUGCCAUCAAUUAUGGCCAUUGGCCAGCGUAUAUACAGAUAAAAAAUGCUAGGUGUACACAUUUUUGUGUACACCAUUGGCACACCAAAUAAAUAGUAUCUUUAAUUUUGUCAUUUUCUCCUUUUUCCUCCCCCUCUGUCUGCGCCUCUUUCUUUCCGGUCCCCAUUCCGCCUUCUUUCUUUUUCUUACGCUCAUCUCCCUUCCCAAAUCCCUAUUCCGACCAACAAAACUCCAAAUUCAUCCCUGUUUCUUUUCUUUCUUCUACACCCUCUAUCAAAUGCAUUCCUAUUUUUCUUUCAUCCUUUGAUUUCCCUAUAACUCCCCUCCGUCAGAAAAGCAUAUGGAGAAUGACGUGAAGUUCCUCCAAAGGCAAUCGGGGAAACCAUUGUCUCACUAUUUAGUUCCUCACUUUUAAG